CAAAUGCAACAAGUGAAUACUAAUUCAGAAAUGUUGAGGUUUGACUUACAUACCUUAUCAUCUCCAACCUCCGAAAUUUUCACAAUAUAAAACUUUUAGACAAAAUUAGAUCAUCACCGUAUAAAAAUGAUGUCUUUCAGAACAAAUCUCUACAUUUCAUUGCUAUUAUUAUUAUGUUCCUCUUCAGUUACAAUAUCACUACCACAUAACAAUUCCACUCCAAAUCCUUACCUAACACAAACAACACUCUUCCUCCAAAAUUAUCAAAAAAUGGUUCAAAAUUUCAAAGUAUUUAUGUAUGAACCAAACAUAACCCAAUUCAAAUUUGGAACACAAACACAAGUUGAAUCUCUCUUUUACUCUUCACUAAGAAACAGUUCUUACAUCACCCAACACCCUGAAGAAGCAAACCUCUUCUUCCUCCCUUUCGCUUCUGACAUAUCCACGCGCUCCCUCGCGCGUGUUGUCUCACGCAUCCGCAAUGAUUUUCCUUACUGGAAUCGUACUCUCGGCGCCGAUCAUUUCUACCUCUCAUGCACCGGAAUCCUCAUGAAAAACGAUCGGAACCUUGUUGAGUUGAAGAAAAAUGCUGUUCAGAUCUCGUGCUUUCCCACGCGCCAAGAUAGGUUCGUCCCUCACAAGGAUCUCACGCUACCGCCACUCCGUAACUCUCACGCGCCGGUUAAAUUGGGUAGCGGAGAGUUCUGCGUUGUUGAUUGUGGAAACGACGACGUUUUGUCUUUGGGUGAAGCGCUGCGUUUAGGGUGUGUUCCUGUGGUGGUUACGGAGGGACCGUUGAACGACAUGCCGUUUGUGGAUGUGCUGAGGUGGAGGAAGAUGGCUGUGUUUGUGAAGAGUUAUGUGAAGGAUGAUACUGACACGUGGAGGGAACGGCAUGAGUUUAUGAAACGAUUGGGUGUGGUGGCGAGUAAGCACUUGCAGUGGAAUCGCAGUCCUAUACCGUUUGAUGCGUUUAACACUAUCAUGUAUCAGUUGUGGCUUAGACGCCAUACCGUUAGAUAUGAAAGAGAAUCUCCGAUCAUGUCUACUUAGCACAAGAUCAAUUAUAUAUGGAUGAAAAUUUGAUUUCUUAAAACAUUGUGGGACUUAACAUUUUUAAAUUAA